CUGUUAUUCAGGCUCGCUUAACUAGUGCAUGACGCUCAGCUUCAGCUGAAGAGCAAGCCGACAUCAGCUGAGUUUGCAUGAAGUACCAUCCUUGUAGCUAAAAUACAGGAAUUUAUCAUCACGUAAAAUUCAACAAUAGCAUUUUACAAAGUUACGUAUAAGUGUUAAGCCAAUGAAAUAACUGUCAUCUGUCGUAACCACAGAAACAGGAUAGAGGCAAAGGAAAAAUAACAUUACAUCAAACCCGGCAAACAAAGAGGUCCUUUUUUCAACGACAACAUUUUUCCUCCAUAUUCUAUAGUUAUGAGUCAUGUGGCCGUCGAAAAUGUCCACGGUCUAGAGCAGCAGCUCGCUGUCCUAGACUUGAGCGCAGCAGACGGACAAGGUGGAGGCACUAACAGGCGAUACAUUCCUCCACAUUUACGGAACAAAGACGCUUCCAAAAAUGUAGGAAAUGCCUUUGCUGCUGGUCGACAGGGUGGCUACACCAUAGCGCCCGCAGCCAACUAUGGUUGGGAUGGGGGGCGCAACAACUUUGUUAAUGGCUACCAUGACAACCGCAUGGCUGGCGGCAACUCUUUUAACCGCGGUCCGCCUCGCAUGGAGCGGGGCCGAGGUGGUGUCGGAGGAGGUUACCGUGGCAACAGGGGCGGAGCCUUUAACCCCAUCAACCCAGCACAGCCAAUGAGCUUCGCUGGCUACGAAAAUAAAGACACAGGCGGCUGGAACACUGCCAAGGACGCAUAUAGCAGUUUUGGUAACAACCGAGGGAAGUCUGCAUUCUUCAAUGACAGAGGCAAUGCUAAUAGAGGAAGGUUUGAGCAUGGUGGAUUUGGUGGUGGUGGAGGAGGAGGAGGAAACAGCCGCUGGGUGGAGGAGUCCCGAGAUGAUGGAGACUGGUCCAAACCAACACCACGUAACGAACGCCUUGAACACAAAAAACAUUCCCUAGUUCCAGCUUCUGAAUUUGAGUUGUUCUCCGGCAGCAACACUGGGAUCAACUUUGAGAAAUACGAUGACAUUCCUGUUGAGGCCACAGGACAGAACUGUCCUCACCACAUCGAGAGUUUCCAAGAUGUGGACAUGGGUGAGAUUAUCAUGGGUAACAUUGCUCUGAGUCGCUACACCAGACCGACCCCUGUCCAGAAAUAUGCCAUUCCUAUUGUCAAGUCAAAACGAGACCUCAUGGCCUGCGCACAGACAGGUUCUGGGAAGACUGCAGCGUUCCUGCUGCCGAUUCUUAGCCAGAUCUACACCGAAGGACCAGGAGAAGCUCUUAACGCAGCUAAAGCAUCUGGACAAGAGAAUGGAAAGUACGGGCGUCGUAAGCAGUACCCCAUCUCACUGGUAUUGGCUCCAACCAGAGAACUGGCACUGCAGAUAUAUGAUGAAGCCAGGAAGUUUUCCUACCGGUCCAGAGUGCGUCCCUGUGUCGUGUAUGGAGGAGCAGACAUUGGCCAGCAGAUAAGAGAUCUGGAGAGAGGCUGCCACCUGCUGGUGGCCACACCGGGAAGACUGGUGGACAUGAUGGAGAGGGGCAAGAUUGGACUGGACUACUGCAACUACCUGGUCCUAGAUGAGGCAGAUCGUAUGUUGGACAUGGGAUUUGAACCACAGAUAAGACGCAUCGUUGAACAGGACACCAUGCCGCAUAAGGGCAUCCGACAAACCAUGAUGUUCAGCGCAACCUUUCCUAAAGAGAUCCAGAUCCUGGCCAGGGAUUUCCUGGAGGAGUACAUCUUCCUGGCGGUGGGCAGAGUUGGUUCCACCUCAGAGAACAUCACUCAGAAAGUGGUGUGGGUGGAAGAGAGCGAUAAGAGGUCCUUCCUCCUGGACCUGCUCAGUGCUACAGUUAUCCCCAGCGAGGUACAGGACAAUACUGGAGACAACAUAGAGAAACCUGGUAAGGACUCGUUGACUCUGGUUUUUGUGGAGACCAAGAAAGGCGCUGACGCCUUGGAGGACUUCCUGUAUCGGGAGGGCUACGCCUGCACCAGUAUCCAUGGCGACCGCUCCCAGCGAGACCGAGAGGAGGCCCUGAGCCAGUUCAGAUCAGGAAAAUGCCCCAUUCUGGUGGCCACAGCGGUAGCAGCUCGGGGUCUGGACAUCUCCAAUGUGAAACACGUUAUUAACUUUGACCUGCCCAGCGACAUAGAGGAGUAUGUCCACCGUAUUGGACGUACAGGACGAGUCGGAAACCUGGGACUGGCCACAUCGUUCUUCAAUGAUAAAAAUGGCAACAUCACUAAAGACCUGCUGGACAUUCUGGUAGAGGCCAAACAGGAAGUUCCCUCAUGGCUUGAGAGCCUGGCCUAUGAACACCAGCAUAAGAGCAGCAGCAGAGGACGCUCUAAGAGGUUCUCUGGUGGUUUUGGAGCCCGUGAUUAUCGCCAAACGGCCGCCGGAGGCACCGCUGGAGGGUUUGGAGGACGUGGAGGUCGCAACCAGGCAGGACAUGGAGGAACCCGUGGCUUUGGAGGAGGUGGUUUUGGUAACUUCUACACCAGUGACGGAUACGGAGGAAACUACACACACUCUCAAGUUGACUGGUGGGGCAACUAGAUUCCUCCAUCUCCACUCAUCCCUCUUUCUUCUUCUCACUCAUCCUCCUUCCUUUCUCCACACUGUUGUCUGCACCCCAUCUUUCUCCUCCCCUCCAUUAACCCCAAGAACCCUCGUGCAUGGUAUUAAACUAUUUAUACUCAUUUAUAUAGCCCUCCUUCCAUCCCUAUGCACUCAGAUCUUUUAAUUCCUCCUUAGAUUUUUCCUUUCCAUCUCCACCUUUGUCUUUACAGUCCCCCAUCCUUUCUUCUUUUGAUUUCUCAAUUCCUGGUAAAUCUCACCUCUUUAAAUAGGCCACAUUAUAAAGGGAUUCUUCAAUUUUAGUUGGUUAUUUUUCAACACUAGCCACAGAUUUACUUGUUAGCUUCCAGCUAGCAACAUCCUUUGGUUUCAGUGAGGACAUUUCAAACUAUUUUCCCUCUGUGGCAAGUGCUUAAAGAAAAUUAACUAAUUAAAUUAAAGUUCUAGGUGUUCCUUUAACCCCAUAAGAUUAGAUGGACACUUAUGAUUUAAAGUGAGUUAAGUCCUACAAAACAGCUGAUGAAGACCCUGGGGGAAAUCCUGUUUUUUCACUUUAGAUUUGAGUUUUGGCUUCAUAGUGUUUUUGUCUGCAUUCACCCAAAGCCAGCCAGGCAUCCUGUGUACCUUCACAUGUCAUCUUUGUAUGUAACGCAUGGCCAUGCUGUAAAUCACCGGCCAAAAAACUUUUCUAAAAUCUAGCGCAGAGAUAGGCAAGAUGUCAAAUCUGAGCAAAAUAUGUCUGCAUAUAAAUUCAAAAAUGGGAACUGGCUGAGGUCUCCUUCACUUACAUGACAGAUACUUAAAAGCAGCCACAGAAACAGAAAAAUGUUUUUUUAUUUUUUCACCUUUUUAAAACAUAUUAGUAUUGAUUUACAGAGAUCUGAGAAGGAUGUCUAACAGAGACAGAAGGGACAAAAGGCUGGACAAACUGAAACACCCAGUCAGUGGGACGCCAGCAGAUGUUGCCGCCCAUUAGCAAUGAUGCUAGCAAACAGUCUUAGAACUUGUGGUUGUUAAUACAACAACUACAAACAGCAUUUUCUUUGUUUGAAACAAAACAUAAUGGAGAAUCAUUUGUUUCUGUACUGUGCCUUUAAGAAUUUGAACUUUGUCUCUUAUUUCCGUUGUUUUUAUUGCCAUUAUGCGUAACUGGCUACAAGUAUUGGCCAACUGUGACUAAAAAAUGUGUAUUUAAUGUCAUGUAUGGGUUUAAACAUGCUUUUUUUUAUUUCUAUUUGGAAGGAAACAAACUAGGCUUGAACUAAAUCAAACCUUGGCAAAAAAAAAACCUAAACAAAAACUGCGGUGAGGAAACUCAAAGCAAUUCCUUAUCUGUUUAUUGGAGUUCAAAUUUGUCAGCAGGUCUCUGAUGAGCUGAUUCCCAAAAGCAUAUCAACACUGUAACCAUAUUUAUAGAUUCUUUUAAUAUACCCUCAUCCAGAGUGACUAAAAUGGUUCAAAAAAGACAUUAUGUUUGUCUUAUUAAAAAAAAAAGAGGCUGCUUUGCUUUACUAGCCAGUGAGCACAGAUAACAUCAGUGGUUUUAUGCUUUUGGGAAACCGAGUCCUACUAAUUGACCUAUGUGUCACAUCUACAGCUCUGGUUUGAGCUUGAGUUUGGGUUUCUCAAAGCCAUCUUGUCACUAAUUGUUGGGUCACAUUAUGUCAGUUUCAGAGCCACUAAGAGAGAAUUUGGCCUAGCCGCGCAGCAGCAGUCAUGUUAUGUUACGUCUCCCUCUCUUACCAUUCAGAUAUGUGGUUGUAAAUAUAGAUAUGUACCUCAUAACUUACUAUAGUGAGAUGUCAAAGUCUGACGCCACUCUCAAGCUAUAUUGGAUUUGCAAUAAUUGGUCAAACGCAUCACUCUUUAACCUUCUUCUAUAAUAUUAGCCAAAAUGAAAUAUAUUCACAGUGUGACAAUUAUCUAUGCUAUGAAAUAUUGGCAAAAGUUGUAUCUCUUGCAUUUGUGACCACAUCCAGCAGUGAUGUCAGAGCAAUGCUACAACAUUUUUGGGGUGUAAAAAUUAAAACGACUACAUGCCUGCUGCUGAAAACAACCAAAUUUUAUCAGUGGCUGUGGCUGUUCAGCUGACUCUUAGUGCCACCAUGCUCUUGGGAAUCUGGCUCCGCUUCCACCACAAACAUUGAAACCCCUUGUUUGUCAAAAGCUUCUUUCAAGGGGAUACACAACAAAAAGGCUAAAAGAGUUCAAAAUUUUCUCGCUCACUCUAUCCUGGAGAGUUACAUGAAGAGUCUUCUCUAAAAUAAGUCAUUCCAGUUUAUUUGUUAGGUCUUUAUGAUCUGUUGAAGUCAGGGAGAUAGGUCAAGAAUUGGAUAAUCUAGCCUAACCCAUUCUACAGCAGGGACAGCUGGGGCUUUCCAGAGGAUAUAAAGCCACACCUCCAUAGCACAUUUUAGCCAUGUCCUAUCUUACUGUAUUAUGAGCAAAUGUGAUGAGGCGUGUGUUGGAGGUUUGAGAUUUGCCCAAACUUUGCCUGCACCCCUUGACUCGUUCACUUGUGACGCCAUCUUCUUUAGUCCAAUUUAUAAUAGAACUACUUAGCUCCUGCUUAAGAUUGCAGGUGAAUACAUUCCUGUUCCUGCUAUUCAUUCAACAGAUAGGAGCCUCAUUGUUUACUGUUCCUCUAUGCUCUUGUAAUGACGUGCAUUUCUCUGUUGCUUUGUUAAAAGCGAUCAGCCAACAAAGAAAGCACAAAAAUGUUUCUAAAUCCAGAUUAAGACUAACUUUUAAAGGUAGCACACACCAGUUGUGGCGCAACACAGCUGGCAUUUGCUGCACUUUGGCUAGCAUUGUCGCACUUUAGCACUGCUAGGAAUGUUAAGAAGAAGCCUAGCUUGCAAUAGCACAGUAAGAUACAGGACAGUUGCAGUGUGCUUGUGGAAAAGUGGCAUAACAGGACUGAAGGUCUUUGUCUACAACAUGUAAGAAGAUCGCAUGAUUUUUAUUUUUAUUUAUUUGUGACAUUAUCAAUGUCUGGUCCCUGGUUAGCCCGACUUGGCCCUGCUGUGGAACCAGGCUACAAGGGGCAGUUGACCUGCACCCAGGAAGUCCAUGUUUCAUCCCUGAUUAAACUUCUAAAUGGAACUCCACUGUACAUUUGGACAGUUCAGUGGUAGAAGUCCAGUCCCCCACUGUAUUAAUUAGCAGCAGAAUAAGCCAAAAAAUACUCUGUUGCUACCUGGUGGGGAAAAUUGUUAAUUUUUAUCGGGGUCUUAAUUUGUUUUGUUUACAUGAACAACUUUAGUGGAAUUAAAAUACAGAUUAAAUGUAAAUAGUUCAACUCUUCUUAAAACAAAAAGAAGAAUCUCCACUGAAAAAGAAUGUGAAUUAUAAAUGAGAAUAAUUAAGUGUGAAUUAUUAAGUGAAACAACAGUUGAUGUGUAAAAAAAUUACGUUUGAUCACUCAACGUUGGACCAGGCAGUGUCUGAAAAGCUUAGUUCAGUGGGCAAUUUGAACACAGUCAGCAGAUUCAUUCUUUAGAGAUAGUAUUUACGGAAAAUACAUCUGUUUAUAAAUACAUAAAUCAGUAAGGGGAAUUUAUUUACCAAUUAAUGUUCACAAGGCAGAUUCCCUCAAAUUGCCCACUGGCUUUGACAAAUGACAAGGCUGGACCAAGACAAUAAAACAUAUGCAAGUGUUGUUGUGUUUUGGUCAAGGAGUUAAAAAUGCCAAGCAAAUAAUACAAUUAUACAGCAGGCUUUAGUUAUGUUAGAACUCUGAUUUUUCCCGUCUUCUAUGAUUUUUAGACUACUUUUUAAUCACAGGUCGUGUUUGGGUCAAUCUUCAAAUCUGUUUCCCUCGAGUACAGUUGGUAGGGCGGUUUGGGAAACUAGUUGGCUUUAACAUCAUUUUUGAAGAGUUUCAGGCUGAGUAAUGCAGGAGGACUCAGGAUUCAAGCAGACAGCAGGUCAGAUACAAACAAACUAGAUUUUCCAAAAGCUACUUCAUGUCUUUGUGCACCAACUUCUUGUGUCAGAAUUUAUGGUGGGAGAAAUUAGUUCAGUGAUGUACUAUAUGUCACUAAACCUGGUUCACCUUCUUAGUGGUUGAAAUGAGGGGCCCGUUUAAAGGGACGGUGCUACGUUCAAGGACAGUUGUCAUGGGAUGCGACGUUAGAAAUAAACUCCUAGUAGAGGGCAGACGUAACAGGCUCCACCAUGUCCAAUUGCUCCCCAUGGCCACUUCAAAACGAACCAAAAACAGAAAAUUAGUUUGCAUAUUCCUUCGGCUACUGUUUAAGUAUGGUUCAACUGUCAGAUUAACCGUUACUGUAGCACAAAGCAUUGUAUUGUCGUUAUGGUUAAACUACUAUGAGCACCAGUUAAAACCGUGAUUAAAUUGUUGACCAGAACUGUGUUUGAGGUGUCCCAAUAGAUGAUUUUAGCACCAAUCAAGGAAUUUUCCUGUGGCAAUGAUAUGAAUAACACACUUUCAUGAUUUCUCCUGCAGCAAUGGUGGAUAGUUUCCACCUUCGAUUUCUUAAAAGAACUGUUGCUGUUUAGUAUGAAGGAAUAACCAGCAGGAAGAUAGAAAUCAGUAACAGGACACUAAGUUGAAAAUAAUAGUGCAAAUGACAAUCAAUUAUGAAGGAUUUAACUCACUUUACACAUCCACAGAACUCUUAAAUUUAACUUUUUUAACAGUCUUAGGGACAUCUUUAAAUGUAGAAGUUUUCUGAACCAACGUGUCUUGUUGGCAGUUAUUUGACAACCAUCACAUUUUAAACAUGCACAUCCAACUUGUGUCCUCCAUCAUGGAGGGGAAGGAUCUGCACAGGCAGAUGAAUGCCAAACUGAAGCUCAUCACCUUACAGUUGAAGAUACACUCUGAUUUCCUUACAGCACCCAGUGGUGUCCCUUAGUCCCAAAGUUUCCACCCAGAUAAUUGUUGAUGUUUUGGAGCUCAACGCAGAUGAAUAACUUUGGGCGCUAGCAGGCACUGUUACAAAAAUCAGAGUCCACCAAUUUUAAUGCCUGACUGAAUUGUCAACUGUUGCCGUCAUAUAUUCCCUGUGUGUGAGGGGAUAUUGUCCGCAUUUGUUACUUGAAUCCAUGGCUGUUGCCAACCACAAACUUAGUAUGCAGCUAGUGCAGUCUCUUGUGUUUUAAUAAUAAUGCUAAGUAUGCUAAAAUGCCGUUCUUGCAGCCUAAAUUCAAAGGCAUACCUUUAAGAUGGAGAUACAGUGAGAGACAAAACCACUUGAAUGAAUCUGGUUCGGUGUGUAAACAUCGCUGUGCCUUCUAGCAGCCACUAGGGGGCAAAUAGAAUAACCGUGAAUAUAUGAAGGAACGACUGAGCAUUUCACGUGCAGUGAUAAAGAUGCUAGGAACUGCUGAUAUAAUACAAGAUAUGAGCUAAUUGUUGACUGCUGAUAGUGCAGAUAGGAAUUUGUGAGUUAUACAGCAGGGAAUCAUGGAAGGUAAAACUUACCUCACUUUUCAUCUUGUUUAUAGAACAAUCUUGUUAAGUAGUGUUGUUCAGAGUACGCACAUAUAUAUGCAAUGUAUUUAGGUCUUUUUCUAGGGCAGACAGAUUAUAUCUGUCAGCUGUAAUUACCAAUGAACUGUGUUGGAGCAACACUUAACUACCACUGUGCCCCAAACCCCCAUCCCAACUCGUCAAAAUGUCCCCUGGGCACUGAACUUCUAAAUUAAGUCCAAUACAGAUCCAUUACUUGUGGCUUGCGUUCACUUUGCUGUCACCGAGAUUCUCUGCAUGAGUUUUGUAAGGGUCAUUUUCUGUCUGUGCUUCGUUUGGAUUAGAGCACAAACUGGCACAAGUGAAAUCAGCCCAAAUUCUGACAUGUGUGCGGUGCCUUGACAGACUGAAACGUGUUGGUUAGGGCUGGGUAUUUUUCAAUACAGAUGAAAUAUCCAAACUAUUAUAUAAACAAUUUCUUUUAUAAUAGAAAUAUAGAAACGGAUAAAAGUAAAUGCAUUAUGCAGUAGUGGGUAUGCAUGUGACAUCACUGUACGUGGAAGUCACCACGGUCAGAUUACCCCAGAUUGGCAAACACACAAGCUUUGAGAAUAGUGGGGUGCGUUCACAAUGGAAAAAACACAAUUGCUUCAAACAUUGUGUCAACGUUUAAGAGCUGUUGUGCAAUCACUGGCACAAACAGAUUUAGAAACAAUUAUUAAUGUUCCAUUUUUGAGUAAAUUCUCCAUCUUGACUGCCUUUUGUCAAUUCCGUUGGCCUUUGCUUUUUAGCAAUGCUAGCAGCAGGGCUCUGGAUGGUAAUGUAGGUCAGUCAGUUGGUCUACCACUUUGGUCCAGACUGAAAUUUGUACGAGGGUGAAUCCUAAUUACAUUUCUUCUAGCGCCAUCAUUAGGGCAUUAUUUAAUGUUGUCCACACGUUUAUGACUUGCAAAACUAAUGCAAUUAUCAUCAGCCUCAGCUGUACUUUGUCUUUAGCGCAAAUUAGCAAAUGCUAGCAUGUUAACAUGCUAAACUAAGAUGGUGAACAUGGUAAACAUAACCUGCUAAACAUCAGCAUGUUAACAUUGUCAUUGUGAGUAUGUUAGCAUGCUGAUAUUAGCAUUUAGCUGUGCCUACGUACAGCCUCAGAGCCGCUAGCAUGGCUGUAGAUGCUUUAGCUGUUUUUCUUGUUCAAGUUGUUUUUCUCGUGGUAUCACAGCUCUUCCCAUUCAUUGAAGCCACAGCAGGUCUGUUUUUGCCACUCAGUAGUGUGGGGUGGGGAGGUGGGGGGGUGUUAUCACGUGAACAAAUACAUACCCUCUACAGUAAAUUAGUUUAAAUGUAACAUUUGCUUGGACCAUCCGCUUUACUUUAAUUAGAAGUAGAUCAUGCUCAGUGUUUAUUUCCUCUGAAAGAAAACUCAAAGUUCUCAUUUAAAAUUCCAGCACUUUAGUUUUUGCUUUUUUAAUAUUUUCAAAACCUUUUGAUGCCUUAAAUUCAAGCGUGAUACCCAGCCCUAAUGGAGCAGAUAGUGAAGUUGGUUCCACUAUGUACAGCAUUACUAUGGCAACUGACACACUGACAGUGUCACCAUGGCAAAUGAUUCUGUGUCACUACGGUAACUAACUUACCAGCAGGAGUGCUUCGAUUGUCAGUGAACAAUUAAUGGUGCUAUGCUCCCAUUGCUGCGGCCUGCAGGCCCCUCUGUUGUAGAAAGACUUCAAAUUCCACCAAGUUUUACAGAAAAUACUUGAGUUACUUAGUUUAAUGUUCAUCUAAAGUCUUUUGUAAUACAUGUCCUUCAAAACCUCUGAGAGGUAUGAAGGAGUGAGUGAGUGUUUAAAGUGUAGCGCAGCCAGGUGUUAAAAAGAGAGGUUUCUCCACAGUUUAGUGUGUGUGUGUGUGUGUGUGUGUGUGUGUGUGUGUGUGUGUGUGUGUGUGUGUGUGUGUGUGUGUGUGUGUGUGUGUGUGUGUGUGUGUGUGUGGAAAGGUUCUUCCAGAUAUGAAACUUUUUUUGGGGGGCAGGUGGAGUUCUAGUUAACAGCAACCAUAUGAUUCAGCUGUUUGCACACAGAGUUCUCGAGUCUACUUUCGCUGCUAGUUUGUGUAAUUUAUCAAGCAUUUUUGAGAAAUAUUUAUUUUUAUAAGCCUAACACAAAAGUUGAUAUUUUACAAAGUGACUUGACCAAAAGACAGUAAACAAAAACACUGGCACUUGAAUGUUGAAUGUCAUUGGUAUGAGUGAAAAUUUAUAUUUUUCUGGGGUAGUGUGAGCUUUUUAAUGUUAAAGAUGCGACGUGUAGGGAUUUCUCUUUGAAUAUGUCACCGUAACAAGCUGUGAUGAUACACAAAUGCAGAGAGGUUUUUAAAAAAAAUCAAAAAAUAACAAAACUGUCACUGGUGUCAAAACUACUUCAAAUCGUCUGCUUGUCUAAAAUCCCGAUUCACUAAUUCUCUGUGUAAGGCCAAUACAAACCCAUGCGUGUACAUCUUCUCAUGUUUACUGACUGUUUUUGCUGAUGCAUUUUGUUUUGCGGUAUCCAUAUAUAUUGUGAUUUACUGCAGUUCCUGGUUCCUUUUUGGCUAAUCUAGUGAAUUAAAUGAUCAAACAAAAGUCAAGGUACUUCCUAUUAAUGCCACAAUUGCAUAAAUCCAAUAAUGCCAUAAUGCAGUUCUGCCCAUUGAGAGGGGUAGGUGUCACAAUAUAAACGGUACAAAUUCUCUGAUGGUUGACAAAUUUUUAUCGUCUCACGACGUUUAGUGUCAUACCGCCCAGUGAAAAAAUCGAAUUGCUUCCUUUUUCUAUAAACAAAGUAGAAAUAUUUUGUUUUAAAGUUGCGCCCAAUUUGUACUUCUCGCUUUCGGUUGUUAAAUGGUUUGUUUUUGAUGCAAAGUCCAAUGGCCAUAGCUGGGCUCUUCCCUUUCUGUUAAUUACAACAAAGCAUACGUCAAGAUGUGCACGUGGUGUCACAUGAGGCCACAGAGCGAAGCACUGACAGUUGUAUUACAGUUGAUGCGACUGUGACAUACUAAGAGAAACAUCCUACACAGGUUACCUUUAAAGUCACAUUGGACUCAGUAUCAGAUCCAUAAACCUGUUUGUGUGACAGGUUCCAUUGCCAAUAAUGAUAAUCAACCAUAAACAGCCAUUUUUAAUUGGCAAACAAAAAUUUGAGACAGUAACACCAUAUAUGCCAAGGUUUGGAUUAAAAAAAAAUUAACAAAACGUUACGAUCAAAGACCAUUUUGUAAAAAAACAAACAUGCAGUACAAAAAACAAGUGUCCAGAUUCUCUCCAAGUCAGAUGUUAUUUUUUUCUUUUUUUGUGUUUUUUGUUUUCAUUUUAAGUCUUUACACUUUUCCUUCCCGUUAAUACCCUUGUUGUGAAUGUCUGGCAAGUGGUGAUCUUUAAAAGUCUUCAUAACACAGAAUUAACUGUGUUUCUAUUGCUAUGUUGUUGUGAUUUGCAUAUUUUCAGGCGCCAGAGUGUUAAUGCUCAUAUGUGGGAGUUUCUGGCCAAUCAGGAAUGGGGGAAAAGACAACCUGAUGACAUCCAUCCAGGUGUCUUUUACAUGAGUGACUAGUAGCUGAUCCGUAGGAGUCUUAAUCUGUCUAUUGCAUGAGAAUAUGAUAUCGCAGCUGUUUGUAGUUUUAGUUAGCACAGACAUUCUGCAGGACAAAUCCACGUGUCCAACAACAGUAGCCUCAAUGGACCAGAAUGCAAUGUGGCCCCAGCAAAGCCACUAUCAAUGGCAGAUCAAAGAUAUGGUACAUAGGUGAAUCGUCACACUCCACUGCCUUUUGUGUGCAGAAACACAAAAUUUUGCGACAAUAAGUUCAUCUUCUCUAGUUGUUGACAAAAGGCAUUCUGGGAGACAAAGUGGGGAUGCAAAACAAAUACAACACUUUGCUGCUUUAUUUUACUUUCAGUUCAGUAAAGCUCAGAGGGUUAUUCUUAUUUAGGAAAGAUUGCUGUUUAGUGACUGAAAUGAAAUGAAAUGAAGCCCAAUGUUGUCACCGUUACUGACUGGCCAGACCCCUCAAUGUGGACACACAGCACCACCGGCCUGGUAGUUAGUAUUUGCUUUAUGUAUUAGUUUAGCAGUUGUGCACGAAGAGGAGCACUGCACGAAGAAAAAAAACUGUAUCCAUUCGGAUUUUACCACAAAUAAAGGUUUGGAUUUGCAAAUGUAA